UAAAAAUGUUGAGGAUCGUAAGCCUGGCAGUGACUUUGGCCGUGUGCGUGGCACGACCCAACCAAUGGGACGACCAGCUUGGGCUCUUCCCUGCCGACGGCGGAGACUCUCAGCCCAUCUUGCCUCGCGCCGUCGCCAACCCUACCACGCCCAACCAGAUACUCGACGCAGUGCUCGAAGGAGCUAUCGCAUACAUGGAAGCACUAGGAUGGUGUGGAUCCAAAAACGUGCAGAACGGAGAGUCAAACCUGCCCUUCCAAGUCAACUCUGACGGAAGCAGCUCCGAGAACUUCAGCAUCACUAAGGCCAACGUGACUGGACUCUGCUCCCUGCGCCGCUCCAAGUCCGCUUCCUUCAACGCCGACCAGAGUGUGCUCUCCGGUUCGGUUGUCGUGGAAAACGCUCGUGCCAACGCCGACUACACGGUAACCUUUGCCGGUGUUGGAGAAGCUCCAGCCCAGACUGUUUCUGGUCAAGUUGUAGAGCGUGUGGACAAGCUGUUCGCAGAUAUCCAGAUCAACUUGGACAACCUUGUGCCUCAGAACAUCGCCAGCUACACCGCAAAGAUCGGGUCACGACCUGCUUGA